AUGCUCUUCUGCCGUAUCACCCGCGCCCUCCGUCCACGCCUCCAUCUCCCGUCAGCACCCUUCAGAACCUCCCGGCCCUCCUCGACAACGCCAAACACACGUGCCUCGAAAAUCCUCUCGAAGCUCCCUCCCUCUCUACAAAAAUACACGACCCGCCUCCGGAACGCGCCCGUAUCCCACGUCGUCGCCUUUCUCAUCCUGCACGAGAUCACGGCCAUCGUCCCACUCUUCGGCUUGUUCGGCGUGUUCCACUAUACUCAGUAUGCGCCGGUGGGGUAUAUUACAGAUCACUGGGGUGGCGUUGGCGUGGGCUAUUACGAAGGCGAUCCUGCCGCUGAGGAUAUUGGCGAGUUUGUGGGCGACGCCGUGGUUUGCGGGCGUUCUCGUCCGUGGCCGAAGAAUAUUUACGAGGAAAAUAUAACUUCUGCCAAAUUCUAA